GGAACCGCUAGAAUGGUCGACGCAGAUUUUAAUCUCUCUAUGGCUCUGGUUUGACGUGGUUAGGUUUAGGCAUGGGGACCUGGGAUUGGUUAGGGUUAUGGUAAGAAAACCAGGGUAAACCAAUCAGAGGCAGAAUAAAUAAAUGCUGGCCGCGAGCAUAGACAGUUAAGGAAGGCCACGAGGCACGUCCUUUGAUGUCGACACGUUUAGUGGAUCUGAUCUAGCAUCUAACCGUAAAUCACGGGACAGCUCAAGAUGGUUGCCAUUAGCAACCGAGCAACUAAAACUUGGAGAAAUUAAAUGAGGAACCGGGCCCUGAAGUUGAAAAGUUAGCUGAGUAGCUAAAGUUUGUACUCAUUAUGGCAACCCCACAGAGAAAUGCAGAAAACUUUAUGAAGGUGGAGGGCAACACAACGCUGCAUAUGGAGAUUGUUCGGGAGUCACUGGAGAAACUUCGAAGCAUUUCUGCGAAUGAUGCAACAGAGACAGGGAUGCUGCGGUCCAGGAUAGAUGAACAGUCAAGUCUGAUCUGCAUGUUGAAAGAGAGAGCAGAUGAGGUGCUUCUUCGAUGUCAAGCCCUACAAAACAUCAAUAUGGAGCUAGAGAGCCGAGUAACGGACUGUCAGACAGAACUGGACAGUGAAAGAAAGAGAGCAGAGCUAUUAGAGAAGAGAUUUGUGGAUCUAGCUGCCAACAAUCAAGCAAUCAUUGCUUUCAUGGAAGAGUACAAAAGUCAGAAUGUCCAGUUAAAGCUGGAAAACAAACAGCUGCAGUCAGAAAAUGACACUCUUUUCUCCCAAAAAUUACAAGAUAAAGAAGUGUUUGUUCAAAAACAGAUGCAAGAAAUCAAACAACUGAAAGAGAAAUACACAAAUAAGGAAAUUGAAUAUGAGGAGAAAUUAGCUGGAUGCCAGUCAAAACUCCUGAAACAAACAGCUCAGCAUCAAUCCAGGUGCACAUCGCUACUUGAUCAAUUGCAUGAUGCUCAGCAACAACAAAGAGAUGCUGUAGAGAUGUGCAAUGCCUUAAAGCUGAAUCUACAAAAUGCUGAAGAAGAGCUUGCUUUCAAGGAAACCAAGAUGAGAGAAAGCACAACAAGCCUUACCAUAGAGAAGGACAAAUUACUGUUUCUGUCUAUAGAAAGAGGGAAAGUAAUACAGGAGAAACAAGAGGAAAUCCAGCAACUGGAGACAAAAUGGAAAGAGGAGAAAAAAGCCCGAACUGAAGCAGAGGACAGAUUUGAACAGGAAGCAAAAACUGUUAAUGCAGAUGUUAAAGUGAAGUCUCUCCAGUCUGCUCUUAAUGAAUCCAUGACAAAAUAUGAGAAGCUGAAAAAGGAUUUUAAAGCCUUCCAAGAACACAGCACCAACCUCCUUUUACAAGAAAGGGAGUUAAAUAAGAAGCUUCGCCAUAUGUUGAGCUAAACUUUAUCAAUAAUAUACAUCCAAAAACGGACCCCAGGAUCAAUUCAUCCCACUUACCCAGAUGCUGUGCCAUCUCCAGCACCAGCCUGCUCUCACGGCCAGCCACCUCCAGUGCAUUAAGAAGAGGAGGCAGGCCGUCAUCAAACUGGACAUGCACCACAGCACCAAUCACAGCCACUAUCUGGCCGUUGGGCGGUGCUGCCUGAGCAGCUGGGGCAGCGUAACCCUUGCCUGAACUAUAUCAGAAAGAGGACAGUGACAUUAAUGGCAACAUAUUAAAAGUGACUUUAUGAUUACGAUAACAGCAGCAACUUGAAUUAAGAAAUCAAAACAUCUUACAGAGUCAAAACAAGUUUUAACAUAUAGACGUGUUUGAAAUAUUUUAUCCACAGGAUAAAUAAACAAUAUAAAAUAUCUUCCACAUAUUGGUGCUUUAGAAUUGAAAGGUCUAUGUUCUUUUGCCACUGAAAC